CCGUACUCCACCAAUAAGUUCCUCUCCAUUUUAUGCAAACAAGCGCCGUACACUGUAUCCAUUCCAUUGAUUUGCUUUGGUCAAUAAUAUUGCUUCACAAUUCAACGAGCUGCCACGGCAUUGGUCGAGCCCGUGGUGUACAUUCCGAUCGCAUUUAUCACACCCAGUGUACCCCCAUCCGAUCGUAUUAAUCGGUUAAGCGGGCGCUCCUAGAGUCUACUAACCUUCUCUAUAGCGGGCAAAUACACUACCAACAGCACCAGCAACCCAAGCCCAUUGCUCUCGAGCACACUGAUUGGACCCGGUACCUACGGAGCACUGUGACUUUAUUUAUCUAUCAAUCAAGUCCCCCUGAUCUGCUAUCAGUGUUAUUUAUUCACAAACAUUUGCUCAACCACACGAUAGCCACAUUUGCCUCAUUUGAACCGAGAGCUAGAGAGUAUUCCCACUGGAGGGGUUGUUGAGUGUGGCAACACACGGCUACAGACCAUACAGACCUUUAUACAUAAAGCGUCACAAGUGCUUCGCGAAGGAUUAAUCAAAUUGUUUGUCCUUUCAAACAUCGAACGUGAGAGAGAGAGGGAGAGCCUGUUUGCCUGAUGGUGUCACAUGAGACAUAAUAAGCCAUCGUUUGCUAAAGUAAGUUCUCCACAAUGGAGCACCCAUACGAGCCCUACGAGUGUUUGCGUUUUAGUCGUAAUUGAAAAGCAUUAACAAAUUAGAUGAUACUAUCGGCGGUGCAGUGGGCUAGUUCCCUAUUUUCCCCCCAACAGCAACAAAUUGUGCUCAACAAAGGGGAACGAAGUAUUUUCCCUUCGCUUCCGCAGCCUGCGCGCAUUUGUUCACACGUUUUUCCUCGUACCGGGGGAAAUGAUUUUAUUUACAACCGCACUUAACACCAGGACCUGUUCCACUGACGGAUUUUUGGACGCUUGUUUUUUUUUCUCCCACACAAACAAAGACACAGACAUGGCACACUUAUCGCCUCCACCUUCGCCACCGGUCGGCCAAACGCCUCCGGCCGUGAGUGCCCUGAACGCACUCAAUGCCUCAGCUUCAGCCAACCUAAUCCAGCGUGCCUCAGCGUUUAGCUCCGUACUGGGGCAGAAGUGGAACCCACGUGAUCUUCUUCUACUGUACAACCCGCUGUUCUACUCGGGAGCCGCCGCCUUUCCCUGGCCACAGUUUCUACUACCUCAGCAACCGAUCACACCGGUGUCGCCCAACCUGAACGCCUCUAGUCGUGACUAUACGCUUACGCCCGAGAAGGAGGAGAUUGUUGACGAAGAUAUGCCUCUGAACCUUUCGAUGAAGCCUUCCACCUCGACGCCCAAUGCACGGCACGCGGCCCUAACCCACUCGAUCAACAUCUGGUCACCGGCCAGCAUGUGCGAGAAGGAAACGAUCGACGGCGACAACCAAAGCAACAUCGACAUCGAGAACGACGACGACUCGAGCGGUGAUCUGCAGAUCGAUGAGUCGUUCGACUCACAACACCACCACCACCAUCAUCAUCACCAUCAUCAACCUCACCAGCACCAGGAGCGCCAGGAUCGUCAGCGGGAAACGGCACGCAUCCUGACCGAGUACAACAGCCUGCUGCUGAACGGGCGGCAGUCACGCUCCUCCCAGGACUACUUCAACUACAGCAAGAUCAGCAAAGGCUACUUCACGCACCUCCAGCAGCAACAGAAAAAUCUGGAAAUUCUACGCCAAAACCGUACCGAUCUGUUCGUGCUGAACGGGGGAAACGAUAACAACAACAAGGAGGGCGUCAAGAACCAAAACCAAACGGGACAGGAGCGUAGUGGUGGUGCUGGCAGUGUACGAUUGGGUGGUAGUGUUGGGGUGGGAACUAGUGAGAGUGAUACGAUCGGUGAACAGUACGGGUACGGGAAGAUGGACGUAGGGGGCAGUUCCUCAACGCGACCCGACUCAACGCAACCGCACCACGCGGACAGUCCGUACGGAAGUUCGAACGAUUCUUCGUCCCAUGGUCAUUCGCACUCGAUCGUAAGCACACCGACGGGCGAGGGCGGCAAGAAGAGUGUCAAACUGUAUCAGUGCAAGCAGUGUGGCAAAACGUUCAAACGGUCCAGCACGCUCUCGACUCAUCUGCUGAUCCACAGCGACACCCGGCCCUACCCGUGCCAGUACUGCGGCAAGCGGUUCCACCAGAAGUCCGACAUGAAGAAGCACACGUACAUCCACACCGGUGAAAAGCCCCACAAGUGUGUCGUCUGCCUGAAGGCGUUCAGCCAAAGCUCGAACCUCAUCACGCACAUGCGCAAACACUCCGGCUACAAGCCGUUCUCAUGCGGGCUGUGCGAUAAGGCGUUCCAGCGCAAGGUGGACCUGCGAAGGCACCGGGAGGGCCAGCACAACGAGCCGGCGACGGCCGGCAGCCCGAUCGAUAUGGUCAAGUACGAGCCGAAGCUAAACCACACCGGCAGCGAAACGGACGACACGAUGAUGGAUGAGGUGGGUGCGGUGCAUGGACAGCACACCAUCGAAUACCAGCACACCACCGCCGCCGCCCCCGCCGACAUCAAGAUAGAGCAGGUCAGCAGCAGUUGCUCCUGAUUUCCGAUCCCGCCGAAUCGGGUGGAAUGUUUCGCGAGGUAAAUGUAGGAGAAGAUGAAGAUAGAGGCGCAGUGAGAGUGAGAAAAGAUCAGCAAAAACGUACCAAAUGUUCCUUCAACUUCAAAACCGUGUUGUGCUGAGAUGACUUCCCUUCCGGAGGGAGCGCAGUGUAAAAGCGAAAGCGGAUUGCGUGCUUUCGGCGCGUCGUCUAAUUCCGGACUGAACCGUUUGUGGAUUCUGUGCAGGCAGCCGUAGACUGUGUAUGUGUAUGUGUGUGAACGCCUUUGUGUGAGUUUAUACGGCAAAAGAGCUCACUGACCCGAGAAAAACAGCCUAAACAAGAGCAGAUGGUACACCACGAGUUGCACAACUGGUGUGAUUGUUAGUUUCCUUCGUUCAAGCGAAAAAAGGAUGCAUCCAAUACUAAAUCAGUUCAGGCCGUUUUUUGGGGAGCCCCUUUUGUACACCAUACGUGCGUUGCUCAGAAGAUGCUUUGUGGAAGUGUUUUCUUAUAGAUUCACCUUCUUAUGUGGUAACAAUAAUAACGACAAAAAACCCUCUGUCCUUUUGUUUAGAUGUUAGCUGUACCAUAAGUAAGGCUAGUUUGUGAACCUUUAGUACCAGUAGUGGCAAUGGGUCCUUCACAAGAUAUUUAUUUUUUUAUGUGUAUUUAAUUAUUACCAAUCGAAAGCCACCGUAAGAGGGAAACACCACCUAAGUGUAAUGUAGUGAAAUUUUUUUUUAAUUUUUUUUGAAACUAGAUAUACCAAAGUUAAUGCCGGAGUUCAAUGAUAUGGGAUGAUGAGCGAAAGAGAAGGGUUAUUUUCUAUGACAUUUUCAUCAAUAUGAGGUCAAUCGAUCUAAAAACCUAAGACACAUUUUCCCGAUUGAUCGUUUUUGAAUAAGUAAACAAGAUUGUAAAUACGUUCCUUCGUUACUCAUUUUCGGCCUAACAGAUCAUUGUUGUUUUUAAAAAUGAUUUAGAGCAUCUAGUCUCCAACAUCUGGACUGUAAAAUGUCAUCGAAUGGAAAUAACCCUUUUCUUAACCCUUUUUUCCCCUAUGCAUUGCUCAACCGACAUUACAUCAAAAUUAAAGAGGCAAAGUCCAAACGACUAGAGUGGAUCGUUACCGCGUACUAAGAAUUCGUCGUAUUCUAAAUUCUGCUGCUUUUUUUUCUUCUCUGCCGAGGUAAAACAAGGGAAUUCUCUACUGCAAACGAGCAGUUUAGAUUUAGAUUCCGUACAUAUAACUAAGUUUACAAGUAUCAAAUUGUGUCUUGUAAACAAGCGAACACCUCCCCGUGUCUUUAGUCAUGAACUAGCGUGUAAUCAGCCGUCAGUGUUAGUGUCACACAUGUUGCCCAAGGGCAGCGUGUUGAACCCUUUUUCCGUCUUUAGUCAUGAAUUAGUAUGCCACUUAUUCUCAUAUCAGCUACAUGACCAAAGAGAAGUGUUUAAUUCAAAGACGAAAGCCCAAACGCUAGCCAUCGUUUGUGUCCGGAUAGUCUCCUAUCCGCUUGUGUCUUAGUCGAUACAAUUGCUGGAGAUCAUUCCGGUACAUUGCAGGCAAGGUUUGUGCGGGCUUUCAUCCUUUCCCAUUAUACUCUCUUUUGAUUUCAAUCGAGACCGAUCCCGAUUCAACUACCCAUUAGUGUACGUACAGUCGAGCUAGAACGGUGUCUGUUAUCUAGUGUCUAGAUAUGUUAUGUGUCGAGUGUCGAGUGUUGCGAAUCAGACGCGAUCGUUGGGAUCGAAACCGUCCAUCCAGAUUCCGGAAGGGAUUGUUAGGAUUAAGGGUGUACUGUAUAGUCUGCUAGUAA